AUGGAGUGGCCAAGCCAAUCACCUGACCUAAAUAUUAUCGAACCAUUGUGGGAAGAGCUGCAGAGGCGUUUGGCCAACAAGCGAGCUACAAAUACGGCCGAAAAAUUUGCCCAACUUGAGAAAGAAUGGAAGAAAAUCCCUCAAUCGACAAUUAACACACUAAUCGACUCCAUGCCUAGACGUUGCCAAGCUGUAAUCGAUGCCAAAGAUAAUUAUAAAAAGGCACUCCAAAAAGCGAGGAAGGCAGAAGAAUUUUCUGAUUUAAACUCCCAAUCAGAGAAUGAUAAUUUGACUUUGCCAAAAAGAAAAAUGCAGAAAAAAUAUAAAAAUUCCGACGAAAAUUCUGAUGAAGAGAAUAUAUUACCGAGUCCUCCACGUAUUCAGAAUGCAUUAAAGACAGUUACCAAAAACACUGAACCAGUGACUAAAACAAUGGUGGAAAAUAAUACCAUUACAAUACCAUCAAAGAUCACUCAUUGUCAGAGUUCUGCUAACAAUCCAAACGAAAGUUCCAUUAAUGCAAACAAUAACGACAUUAUUGUUCUCAACGUUCCGUCUUGUUUAGAAUGUACAUGCUGUCCUGUGCAUAAAGGAAUUAUUUUUAAUGAAAGGGCACUUGUAAAUAGAAAUAUCAAUGAAAAUGCAUAUAUAACUAUGCAUACGAUUUUUCAAUUUCCGUUGAAGACCGUCGAACAAGUGGAAGGUGAAUUAGAUGCCUACUUAAAAGACGCCGAGAAUUUUAAAUCAGUGGUAAAUGAAAUGAAGAAAAUAGGCGGAAAUAGUGUGUAUUUCGUCAAGCGUGUCCUUCAGGUACAUAUUUCUAAUGAGUUAGGUUCUCAAUAUAGCUGGCUCGGAUUAAAGAAGAAAAGAGUCUUCAAAAAUUUCCGUUUCACCGAUGCCAUAAUUAAUUCUACCCAAGAGAUAAUGCAAGGUUCAAGUAAAAAAGAUAUUGAAGAAGCUAUUAAAAAGUGGCUCCGACGAUGUAAAGAGAGGAUGGCCAAUGAAAAUAAAAGACCAGCUGCCCUACAACUUGAAAAUUUUGUUGAUAAUGAACAAUCGGAAUAAUACUAUCAACUUAUUCAACAAGUUUCAUAUUCGUAU